AUGGUCAUCAACAAUUCCGGCGGUCUGGUGUCUGAUUUUCACCAUGUUCCGCCAGUGUUGAAUGGGAGUCAUUGCGGUGGACGCACUUCGAUUGAUGAUCAGGAAAUGAUGAAUGGGGACAUCUCGACCGGUAAACCACAGCAUGGCGACGCGCCUUCAGCUGUUGCUCCCACCACGACGCAUAACGGCAUAUCAACACAACACUCCCUGCGAGAUGUUUUAUACUCGACUGAUGUAUAUGCAAAAAUAUGGAACGUUGCAUCGCAAGCAUUAGACAAGUCCCAGCCACCCGCCCUAUAUCCGGAGUACACGAAACCGAACGGGACUAGAUACGUCUAUCGAGAACAUGAUUUCUGGACCUCGGGGUUCUUUCCGGGUUGCUUGUACCUAUUGCUAGAACGGGAACGCAAGUAUAAGAGUCAACUUCAGACUGCUGUCAAUGGACUUGUCGACAAACCACACCAAAUGCAUCUUGAAUUUGCCUGUAAAUGGUGGACCGUCAAUCUUCACCAAAAUGCUUCCCUCUCCACAACACACGAUCUCGGUUUCAUGGUUUUCCCAUGGGCCCAAUUGGCUUGGGAGCUCAACCACGAUGUUCUCGCGUUGGAUACGAUAGUCCGGGCUUCAAGGACCUUGGCGUCUCGCUACGUGCCCCAUAUCGGAGCUAUUCGGUCAUGGGAUACCUGCAUAACAAAGAGAUAUGCGUUUACUGAUCCUAAGACAGACUUCCUCUUCAUCAUUGACAACAUGAUGAACCUCAACAUGCUCUUCUGGACAGCGUCGGAGCUUGACGAUAAGGAGUUGUAUCGGAUCGCCCUCAGCCAUGCUCGGAAGACUCAAGAGUUUCACAUCCGAGACGACUUCUCAACUACGCACCUGGUUGUAUUGGAUCCAAUCACCGGCUCACUGAAGUCGCGCUUGACAAACCAGGGGUUUUCGGACGACUCAUCGUGGGCUCGAGGACAAGCCUGGGCCAUUGCUGGAUUUGCACAAACAUUCCAGUGGACCAAAGACGUGUCAUUCUUGAAGACGGCCCAAUCGUGCGCUGACUACUUUCUGAGCCGACUACCUGCUGACGGGAUACCUCCAUGGGACUUUUCUGCACCAAAGGACACUGAACAGCCACCUGACACAAGUGCAGCUGUGAUUGCUGCUUAUGGACUGCUGCUCAUACACGAAGCACAGGUAGCACGGGGGCAGCAGUCAGAUUACUUUGAUCAGGCUAUUCGCCUAUUGAAGAGCGUUUGCUCCAAGUAUCUGAAUACGCCCGACAAGUUUGUUACCACUCGUUGUGUAAUUGAUACCGUCGAGUCUCUUUCACACGACAUCGCAGGAAAGGUCAGCGUGAAGCCUGACAACACACCGGAGACAAUCCUUGGAGGAGCGACCAUCAACAACUACGAGUUUGCCCCACGUCGUUGGGCGAAUCAUGGCUUAGUGUAUGCGGACUACUACUUUUUGCUUGUGGGUAACAAAUUGCUAGAGAUGCAUGGAAUAGAAUCGAUAGAGAAUGUGCUUGUUUGA